UCCGUCUGUCUCCUCUCACGACCCGUUCGCUCAACCCAUAAUUCCCAGCGACGACAAAACAUAGAAGAGGCCAACAGCUGCAAGAGAACAAUGUUUUGGCUGUGAAAUAACUCGAAGGAUCGAGCGCCGGGAUUCAUUUGCUACGAGGUGGCCGUCAUGUACAACAUAUUUAAUCAUCUGUGCUGAAUGAACUUUGGCCUGUUGAAGACCCAAACAUGAGUAUUAUCCAGGACAAGCUUGGCAAUGAGUUUUUACGGAACGGAGGCAUGGACCCCAACUUCACCCCCAGCAUGAUUAUGUUCAGCCAUUUACCUCCAGUCACCAGUUUCACACGGCUGACUUCGCAAAACAGCAUGGCGGACAUGCCUCAGGAGAUGAUCCUAAAGAAAGAGCGUGACUCUCCUGACCAUGGUGGUGGUUUUCUCCACAGUAUGGGUAUCAAACAGGAGAAGCUCAACGAGUUGGACUACCGCCUCCCAAUGUAUGCAACAGGAACCGGAACAGCAGGAGGAAAAAGCACUGAUAUGCUGGACAUGUCUCUCAGCAACCACCAGAAUAUGCUUCUGCAUGAUCUAAGCCUUAGUAAUCAGUUCUCUGGCAGGCUGGGGAAAGACCCAAAAGAAUCUGGACCUAGAAGAGGGAGGAGAGCAAAUGGAGAUGGACCAGAGGGCAGAGCUAGAAGGAAACAAGGAGAUGCUGCAAAGUCACUCAUGCUGGAUGGGGAUGCUGGGCCUUUCUCUCCCAACUCUAAACCGCACAUAUGUGAGCAUUGCAAUGCAGCCUUCCGCAGUUCCUAUCACCUACGCAGACAUGUGCUCAUUCACACAGGUGAGAGGCCUUUCAGGUGCAGUCAGUGUAAUAUGAGCUUCAUACAGAAGUAUUUGCUGCAACGGCAUGAGAAAAUCCACAGCGGGGAGAAACCAUUCAGCUGUGACCAGUGCAACAUGCGCUUUAUUCAGAAGUACCACAUGGAGAGACACAAAAGGACACACAGUGGAGAAAAGCCAUAUAAAUGCGACACCUGUCUACAGUAUUUCUCACGAACAGAUCGAUUACUGAAGCACAAGAGAACAUGUGGAGAAGCCAUAAAGAAAGGUCUGGACCCAGGAAUGCUGGACCUUGGAGACGAGGACAUGGGACAAGGCAGCUACCUACUCACUCAGGGAAACACCAGCGCCCCACCACGCAAGAAGGGCAAAUCCAAAAGUGGCAAUGAGGGAGGAGAGCGACGGAGGAAGAAAGGAGCGGCUGCGGGAGGAGGAGGACUCGGCCCACAGGACUAUACCAUGAACAUCCCCAGUGGAUCAGGGGCAACUUCCUCAGGGGGUCUCGCUGAGACAAGCAUGGACAACCAGCAUGGAUGCACACCCAAGCUUGUUUUUAAGAAAGGCGGUCGCAAGGGAAUGAAUAAGGGUCCAGUUUCUAUGGAGGAGGCCAACCAAGCCUCAGGUCUUCAUGAACAGAAGCUGCUGACUCAGAAGCCAGGAACUAUGGACAUGUCUGGAGCUGCAAGUAUGGACAGUCUAGGCAUUCUCCAAACCUCCAGUGGCCCCAAACAGGGAGGUACCAGCAGCAACUACGAUGAUGCAAUGCAGUUUUUGAAAAAGAGACGAUAUCUGCAUGCUGCUAACAGCAAUGACUUCAGCUCAGUCCACCUUCCUCAGCCGACGGUCAUCCAGGGUGGCAUUGGAGAACCCACACUGGCCUUGCUCGACACCUCACCUCUGGUAAGUGUUGAUAAGCAUGACAAGUCUGGAAUCCCAGAUGAGGUGCUACAGAGCCUUCUGGACCACUACAGCCACAAAUCUGAUGGCUCUCAUCAUGAUGUGACAUUUGAUCUGCAAGAUCCACACCAUGUGCAAUUGCAACCGGCCUCAGCCUCCUCUGAUCUGGGCCAGGAUGAGGGAUCCCCCAAUGGCUCUGGAGACAAGAGUGGGAUGAUGAACGAAUACUCAAAGUUCUUGCUCCAGACCCUGGAGAGAACCAGCCACAGCAGCAGCUUCAUUUUAGGCCCAUCCGGGCCCUUCCCAGGCCUCCUGUCAUCAAGUAGCAGCACUGCUAGCACGCUCUUCUCGGACAAGAACAUCUACACCACCUCCCCAUUGGAGUGUGGAUUCGGACAGCCCGUUUCUUCCCCUCUUGCUCCUUCCUCCUCCUCUUCCAUAACCAAGUCCCAUUUUGGAAUGCUGGUUGGGUCUCCAUCACCCUCCCAUGCCUCACCCUCCUCCCAGCAUGGCUUUCAUCUUGGCGGCCUGGAGCCUGCCACACACCAGCAGCUUACCCCUUCUCAAGAGCUCACCGACCAGCUAGACAAGCAGCAAUCGCCAUCGUACCCUCUUACAACUCAGCAGCUGGCCAAUGGCAGCAGCCAGAAAGACCAGCAGACCAAGAAUGGCAACUCUUCAGCCAAUGGCAACAACAGUGGCACCAAUGGUAGCUCCUCUAAUGGCUCCGUCUACCCUCUGCCCCCACCUCCUGACCUUGCUACACUGGAGCCCUCCAAGGAAGUGGUGGACAUGCGUUCCACCUACCAGAUAGAGAACUUCGCCCAAGCCUUCGGCUCCCAGUUCAAGUCUGGUCGCCGGACCCCGCUAGGUUAUGGCGGUGACCCGCGGGUAGGCGUAGGGGAAGUCGACCACAGAAUACAGCGGACUCCAGUGUCAGAAUUCUCAGGGUAUACUAGUCUGUUAGCAGAUGUCAACGAGCCAGCUAGCUCAGGAUCCAAAACCCCCACAAGCCAAAGCUACAGGUAAGGGUUUAGGUUGCUUACCUAACCCUGUUGUGUGGGAUGAGGACUUUCUCCAGUGCUUCCCUCUUCUCGCUGAUUAAAACUUUAAUUAUUACACUGCCAUUAAAUGUCCAUAGAAGACUUUACCAGAGAAGGUCUACAAGACCUCAGAUGCAAUUUUCAUGUUCUUCUUUUUAAUGUGUUUUAGUAAUUUGUUUUAUUAGUGUAGUAGAUGUAAGAAUAGAUUUAAAUGAAUUUUCAACAAAAUUAGAGGGUAGCGAAGGACUUGCUUGGUUUUUCAAAAACAUGUAUGUCUUAGCAAUCAUAGUCCAGAUGUAAGAUUAAGUUAAUAAUGGACGAUGAUUUACAAUAAAAACAGAUGUCAGGGAGUGGCCCAGUAUUCAACAGCAAAAAAUGUAUUGUCUGUUACAAUAAUCUAAAGUAUUACUCAGGAAAAAGCAGGAACUUUUUUUAAUGAGGUGCACAGGCACCCUUUUUUUAAAAGGUGUACUUUGAAAUAACAGUGAAGCUUUGAUUUCAAAAUUUCUUUGAAGAGAAAAAGUUAAUUUGGAAUCUGUGUGUUUGUCUUAUGACACUGGUGACUCUCUUCACUACUUUAUGGUACUUCUAAUAUCAAUGUGAAAACACUUGCAUACUUUCAUCACUAAGGGCCAUAUUAAACACAUACAGGUAGACAAGUAGGCAGAGAGAAACAUUCAAUCGUAUGUAGAUAUUUAUUUGUAGCUACGUGAAACUACAUUACUAUCGUCUCAGGGUGAGCAGUAAUUCUUAUCCCCUUCUUUAAACUUUUUGUCAGCUGACAACCCUUUUAUCACUCAAGGAAUCAAAUAAGCACUUUUAUAAACCAUUGAAAGCAAGAAUUCAGAUUCAGGACUCAUAAAACUAUUAUUUUUUAUGAAGAAAGCUGUGAUUUUAAAAGUGGGGGAGGGAACGGCAGCUUUGCAGCCAUAAAGGGCAUUUGAAUUUUUGUAUAACCAUUGCCGGUAUUGGUGAUAUUAUUUUGUUCCUCUAACCGAAAAUGCUGUUAUUGAAUUGAAUUACAUGAAUGCCACUUUUAUGUGUCCUUGUUAGCCCUCAGGCUAAAAACAGGCUCUGAACAUGUUCAGGUAUCACAACCAUUUGACUUCGGAUGAGUAGCAACAAUUGGAGUUCUACCUCCUACCUUGUGAUGAAUUUAAUGCCUGGCAAAAUUGCAAGUGUCCCUUUUUGUUGCAGAGAGAAGAACCCAACUCAAUGACUAUUUUGUAAUGCAUGAAUCAGGAGGAAAGGACCUAAACAUGUGGUGUUUUUCUUUUAAAAUAUUAUUUGUUUUUGAUUGAGCAUUAAAUCAGGAUUGAAGCUGAUUAUUGAAAAAACUUUGGGAUAAGGUGUUUCCUUCCCAAUGCAAUACAUGAUGCCCUUGGAAAGGGUGGUGGGCAGCGUUGUCUUCCACUGUUUGUGAGACAUUGCUCUGUCAGAGGUCCUGUCCUGUUUUUUCCUGCCUUUUAGAGAGUCCUGUCACAGAGAAAUGCCAUAGCUGUGAUGAACAAAGUUUGAAUGCUGCACUCCAAACUCGUUCCAUGCUUUUAUAGAAAGGAAGAAAAAAAAGAGUGGAGAAUAGGAUUGACCUUUAAAUACCUCAUAUCAUUGUAAAAUGAAAAAAACCAGGGACAUGUGUUUCAUGUAGUGGAAAUAUUGUAGUAUGCAUCAGCUUAUUGUAUAAUCAUAUAAUGCCACCUGUGUUUACAGUUCAAGCUGAUUUGUUGGAAUACAAAUGUACUUUUUUUAAGCGGUGAUGCCAAGCAGUGUUUCAUUGUAGAAUGAUCCCUAGAAUUUAAUGAUUUUUAUCUCCCGUUUUCCCCUUGUUUUUGUUACUUGCCAUGUGUUUUGAUAUGAUUUCUAUAAAGACUUUGUUUACAAUAAUGUAUAAAAACACUAACAAAUUUGUUUUCUUUUUGUUUCUGAUAUGCAUGAUUUAAAAAAAUUUUUUUUAUGGCUUUCCUCUGAUCAUCACCAUUGCACCAAAUGUUUGUAGCAUAUGCAUCCCCGACUUCAGCCUCUUUUAUGUGACAGGGCUGUACACGUCAGAUGACUUUAUAAAUGAUUAGGUAAGCCAAUAAAAACCUUUUGUUAUAAA